AUAAAAAAUUCCUUUUGCAAUAAAAACAACACCAGGUGCCUCUCAACUUCUUGCCAAAACAAUUCUACAUGCAAGGGUUUUUCACAAGACAACAAUUGCCAUUGUUCUGACUUAACCAAUAACUUGGACAAAGACUGUGACAACAUUAAAGAUCCUUGCUUCUCUAAUCCCUGUCACGGAAGUGCCACUUGUGUGACCAUCCCUGGAGAAAGGAGCUUUCUGUGCAAAUGUCCUGCUGGGUAUAGUGGGAUGACCUGUGAGACUGCUACUGGUUCCUGUGGCAUGAACUCCUGUCAAAAUGGAGGUAUUUGCCUUCAAGACCCUACUCACCCUGUCUGUAUCUGUCCUGCUGGAUAUUCUGGAAGGUUCUGUGAGUUAGACCACAAUGAAUGUGCUUCUAGCCCUUGUCAAAACGGGGCUGUGUGCCAGGAUGGAAUUGACGGCUACUCCUGCUUCUGUGUCCCGGGCUAUCAAGGCAGGCACUGUGACUUGGAAGUGGAUGAAUGUGUUUCAGAUCCCUGCAAGAACAAGGCUACAUGCCUCAAUGAGAUAGGAAGGUACACUUGUAUCUGUCCUCAAGAUUAUUCUGGUAUAAACUGUGAAUUGGAAAUUGACGAAUGUUGGUCCCAGCCCUGUCUAAAUGGUGCAACUUGUCGGGAUGCUCUGGGGGCUUACUUCUGUGAGUGUGCCCCAGGAUUUCUAGGAGAUUACUGUGAACUCAACUUUGAUGAGUGUGCUAGUCAGCCAUGUCUCCAUGGAGGGCUAUGCAUAGAUGGAGAAAACAGAUACAGCUGUAACUGCAUGGGGAAUGGAUUCACAGGGCAACACUGUGAGACAUUGAUGCCUCAUUGUUGGUCAAAACCUUGUCACAAUAAUGCUACUUGUGAAGACAGUGUUGACAAUUACAUUUGUUAUUGCUGGCCUGGAUACACAGGUGCCCAGUGUGAGACGGACAUAAAUGAAUGCAGUAGCAACCCCUGUGAGUCUGAGGGGCAGUGUGUGGAGUUGUCCUCAUAUAAACAAUAUGGACUCAUUGCUGGUCUGCCUUCUUCGUUCAGUUACCAGGAAGCCUCAGGUUAUGUUUGUAUCUGUCAGCCUGGAUUCACAGGAAUCCACUGUGAAGAAGACAUUAAUGAAUGUUCAUCAAAUCCUUGCCAAAAUGGUGGGACUUGUGAGAACUUGCCUGGAAAUUAUACUUGCCAUUGCCCAUUUGAUGAGGCUUCUACAACAUUUUAUGGAGGGGAAGACUGUUCAGAGAUUCUCCUGGGCUGCACUCAUCACCAAUGUCUAAAUAAUGGAAAAUGCAUCCCUCACUUCCAAAAUGGCCAGCAUGGGUUCACCUGCCUAUGUCCACCUGGCUUUACUGGGACACUGUGUGAAAUUGUCACCACACUUUCAUUUGAGGGCAAUGGUUUCUUAUGGGUCACAAGUGGCUCACAUACAACCAAGAGCUCAGACUGUAGCAUCUCCUUUAGGUUUCUGACUGUUCAAUCAAACACACUUCUACUGUUCCAAGGCCACAGGGACAUGUCUGUGAAACUGGAGUUACUAGGUGGCUAUGUUCACUUAUCAAUUCAAGUCCAGAAUCAGUCAAAGGUGCUUCUGCACGUUCCCCACAACACCAGUGAUGGAGAGUGGCAUUCAGUGGAGGUGACAUUUGCAGAGGCUGUGACCCUUUCCUUAAUUGAUGAUUCUUGUAAGGAGAAAUGCAUCACUAAGGCUUCUCCAUUUAAAAGUCAUCAAUCAACAUGUGCUUUUCCGAACUCUUUUUUGGGCGGUUUACCAGUGAGAACGGCCAGCAAUGGUGUUGUUCUGUUUAACAUCUAUAAUAUACCAUCCACACCUUCAUUUGUAGGCUGUCUCCAAGACAUUGCAUUUGAUUUGAAUCACAUUACCCUGGAGAACAUUUCAUCGGAUUUGUCAUUAAAUGUCAAGACAGGCUGCACGAGAAAGGAUUGGUGUGACAGUCAACCCUGUCAAAAUAGAGGACACUGUGUCAACUUGUGGUUUAGUUACCAGUGUGACUGCUACAGGCCCUAUAAAGGCCCCAACUGUCUGAGAGGUGAGAGGAGGCUAGGCAACCAGGAGUGCUCUGUCUCAGAACAGAGCAACAGCAAAGAGCCAGCCUGCUACUUCCUAUUAUAA